AUGAAUUUCAGGCAGCAAUUUGCUGGGACGCAACUUUGGCAAAACGCUAUGUCUAUAAUUGUUAUGGAUGCAUCAAAUCCAAAACAUGUAGAUAUCUUCAAGCAUGAUCUUGAAGAACAUAUUAAACUGAAAAGUGAAACUCAAACAAAUGAAAAUGACCAAAUUAUUGGGUAUCCGAAGAUAAAAUUAGAUGAAAAAGAUGAAAAAAGUUUGUCAGAUGUUUCCAAAGAAAGAACUAUUGAAACUGAAGACAGGACAAGUGAAUAUGUUGAUGUUGAUAGCACAACUGGCUCGAUAACUUCAAUGACAAAAAUUUUAACUGAAGGUGAAGAUAUUGCCAAAGAAGUUUCUAUGACAAAAAUAUUAGGCGAUGAUGAAGGUAGUGCUCAAAAAGUUUCUAUGACAAAAAUUUUAACUGAUGGUGAAGAUAUCGCCAAAGAAGUUUCUAUGACUAAAAUAUUAGGCGAUGAUGAAGGUAGUGCUCAAGAGGCUUCCAUGACAAAAAUUUUAACUGAAGGUGAAGAUAUUGCCAAAGAAGUUUCUAUGACAAAAAUAUUAGGCGAUGAUGAAGGUAGUGCUCAAGAAGUUUCUAUGACAAAAAUUUUAACGGAUGGAGAAGACAUUGCCAAAGAAGUUUCUAUGACUAAAAUAUUAUGCGAUGAUGAAUGUAAUGCUCAAGAAGUUUCUAUGACAAAAAUUUUAACUGAUGGUGAAGAUAUCGCCAAAGAAGUUUCUGUGACAAAAAUAUUAGACGAUGAUGAAGGUAGUGCUCAAGAAGUUUCUAUGACAAAAAUUUUAACUGAUGGAGAAGACAUUGCCAAAGAAGUUUCUAUGACAAAAAUAUUAGGCGAUGAUGAAGGUAGUGCUCAAGAAGUUUCUGUGACAAAAAUUUUAACUGAUGGUGAAGACAUCGCAAAAGAAGUUUCUAUGACAAAAAUAUUAGGUGAUGAUGAAGGUAGUGCUCAAGAAGUUUCUGUGACAAAAAUUUUAACUGAUGGUGAAAACAUCGCAAAAGAAGUUUCUAUGACAAAAAUAUUAGGCGAUGAUGAAGGUAGUGCUCAAGAAGUUUCUGUGACAAAAAUUUUAACAGAUGGAGAAGAUAUUGCCAAAGAAGUUUCUAUGACUAAAAUAUUAUGCGAUGAUGAAGGUAAUGCUCAAGAAGUUUCUAUGACAAAAAUUUUAACUGAUGGUGAAGAUAUCGCCAAAGAAGUUUCUAUGACAAAAAUAUUAGGCGAUGAUGAAGGUAGUGCUCAAGAAGUUUCUAUGACAAAAAUUUUAACUGAUGGAGAAGAUAUUGCCAAAGAGGUUUCUAUGACAAAAAUAUUAACUGAUGGUAAAGAUAGUGCUCAAAAAGUUUCGAUGACAAAAAUUGUAACGGAUGGUGAAGAUAUAGCCAAAGAAGUUUCUGUAACCAAAAUUUUGACUGAAGAUGAAGAUAUCGCCAAAGAAGCUUCUAUGACAAGAAUAUUAGGCGAUGUUGAAGAUGUUGCCCAUGAAAUUUCUGCCACAAAAAUUUUAACCGAUGGGGAAGAUAUUGUCAAAGAAAUUUCUAUGACAAAAAUAUUGACUGAUGACGAACCAUUCAAGUAUCAAGAUGCCACAGACGGCAAGGAAUAUAAUAUAACAUGUGGAACAAUAGAAGAUUCAUCGAGAAGUACCGAAGAAGCAAAGGCAAAGAUUAGUGCGAAUAAUGGUGUAUUCGAUUCUACUAAAUCUUCUCAUAUCUUAGGCAAGACGAAUGGUACAUACGAUUCGACGAGCAAUGAAAAGUUAUCAGUAUCAGCGCCUUUUGACCAAAAUCAAAAAGAUUAUGUAAGUAAGGAAAAAUCUGAGGAAAUCAGCAAUAAACAAACUCAUAUCGAUGAUGCAUAUCAUCAUGAAUAUACUGAUAAAUAUGGCGAUCAGGUGAAUUAUGAUGACGAAGAAAGGCGAAUGAUGGAUUAUGUACGAGAAGAUCCAAUGCUACCAUCGCAUGCAACUUUAUUUGGUUCUGUGUCAGCCGACGAAAUAAAAGAACAGAAUGGAGCGUUGAAUGAAGACAUUAAAGCAACUAUAGAAGGUGAUAGCGCAUUUCAAUCUCGACAGGAUCCUAAAGCACAAGAUGAAUCCAGUGCAAACGAUAUGUAUGCAAGUUAUCAUUUUGAUAGCCAUGAUGUCGAAUAUACGGGCUCAACAAUAAAUGCGCAUGAUGAAAAAGGUGAAAGCAUAUCUCAUUCGAUUACAUCCGUACUUCCUGGUGCACAAAAUUUUUUCUCGACUAUAAAAGGUAAAUUCGACGAUGUAAUGAAUACUAUGCACAGAAAAAACAAUAAAAAUUCAUCGGACGAAUAUUUCAGCAAUAAUGCUAAUGAAUUAUCACCUGAUUCUAGUUCAUUAGCAAUGAACGAUCCAACAAUAAUAAAUAAAUCUGAAAAAAUUCUCAAUAGAGGAGAAGAUGACGAUGAAAAAUUUCAUCAGGAAACAACGGUUAUAUCCGCUAUGACAACUGAUAGUACUCCAGUUGUUGCGGGUAUUGUUUCCGAUAUUUCGAUAAGUGAAAUUGCUGAACAAAAUGCACAAUCGUCAAGCGCCGAUGAAAGAUUUCAUGACACCGAAUCACCAAUUGGCAUUUAUUUUGAUGCAAAUGAAAACAAAAAAAUUCUUGAGGAUAACGAUUUUGAAAUUAUCCAUUAA